GAAAUGAACAAUAUGUAAAAGAAAGAAAGAAAGGGAAUACUUCAUUUGAUUGAAAAGCCAUAUACCCAUAUGCAAGUUAAGAAAAAUAAACAAAUCAACGGAAAUGGUACUCUCUUGGUAUACAAACUUGGAAUAUAUAUAGGUCCCUUACGUAUUGGAAGAUGGUUGCUACCACUAAUUAAAUAGCAUAUGCCACUUGUCCAUACCCAAAGGUAUCUAAAUCAUAUGUUAUUAUGGGUUUCCUUCUCUUUCACCCAUUUGUACGUAAGGGAUGUUAUGGUAGUGAGCAAGAGGGUUCUUUAGUUAUCGUAUUCCUGCAUGAAAAUACACACUUCAAAGCCAAAAAAAUAAAUAAAUAAAAAAGAAAGGAAGUCUGUAUUGGGACCUUAUUAUCAGUAUAAAGCAAAGAAGGGUUCUCUCUCUCAGUUCGAGAAAGUGCAACAGAGUCGCUACAACCUAUAAAGAACACCAAUCACCCCUAACCCUUGAAGUUUAAAAGGAAAAGAUAAGGUAAAAACUGCUCACCAAAAAAUAAAUACUUGCCUUAGACCACUACUCUUUCUUCUCUUUCUGCUCUUCUUCUUCUUCUUCUUCUUCUCCUUCUUCUUCCCUUCUCUUAUCAUAUCCAUCGAUCACCACUUGAUCUAGCAAAGAAAAUCUUGGUGUGAUUACCAAUACGUAGCUUAAUUAUAAACCAUAAUUAAGUGCAAGGCUGCUUCCUCUUCUACUCCGUGGGUACCUUAAAAGUCAUUAAAGGUGGGAAAAUAUGGUUAUUAGUAGUGGUCAUUCUAUGCUGUUUAAGGUGUUAUAUGGGGUAAUUGCAAUGUUGGGAUUUGUCUGGCUUCUAUCAGUUGCAACUCUAGAAAGUGCUGCAGCAACUAAGACGACAACGCCACUAACUGUUCAAUUGUCUACUACUGGAAAUCCCAAACAUGAAGUGGAUAUAGGAAGAGAAAAACUCGUUUAUGAUCCAGAAUUGGAUUUAAACUACAUGAUGAGCAAGAGAAAAGUUCCUAAUGGUCCAGAUCCCAUUCAUAACAGGAGAGCUGGGAACUCCAAACGACCACCUGGCCGAGCUUAGGAAAAGUUACAUCAGAGGCUAAAGCUGAGGGUUGAUGAUGAUGAGCAGAAGUGCAAAAGUAGAGACAAGAUGCCUGCCAUAUCUUGUAUGUAUUCUUUAGAAUUGGGGACUUAUAAAAAGAAAUUAUUUGAGAUGGAUGGAUGGAAUCCACAGCAUGCAAACUCUUUUUACUGGCAGAACUUGUUAAGAGAGAUAUGUUUGGAAGAUUAAAGGAAAAGGGAAGCUUAUCACACACAAACAGAAAUUAUACCCUGCAAAAGAAUCUAAGUAAAGAUUAGAACUAUAGACAGCCUUUGCAAAAACUACAUACUUUAGUGUUUGACAUGUGUUUAAUUAUUUCUUUUUCUUUCUUGGGUUCUUGUUUUAAUAAUUUUUCAAGUGUGAGAAAGAAUAUUUAGUGGGAUAUAUUUAUAAAUAUCA